AUGUUGUUGGCUAAUUGGACGUCUGCAAACCCAGAUUGCUGCAAAUGGGCGGGUGUUUCUUGUGACAAUUCUACUUCCCAUGUCACUGAGCUUCACCUUACUAGUUCCAAGCUUGGCGGUGAGUUGAACCCUGCUUUGCUAGAUUUGAAGUCUCUGUCUGUCUUGGACUUGAGCAACAAUACCUUCGAUGGAACUCAAAUCCCCGGUUGGUUUUGGAACUUGACUUCCCAUCUGCAAUAUCUCAACAUCUCCUGGAAUCAUUUCCGGGGAAACGUCCCGGAUUUGCUUACAAAUCAUGCUGCUCUUGUGUUGGACUUGAGCUCCAACAACUUCACCGGUUCACUGCCUGCUGUCUCCUUAAACAUGACGGCUUUAGAUCUUUCGGAUAACGGUUUUUCGGGGUCUAUGUCGUGGUUUCUGUGUCGGAAACCGAUGAAGCUGGAGGUUCUCAGCCUUGGUGGGAAUCUCCUGUCGGGGGAAAUACCGGAUUGUUGGGAGAAAUGGGGUAGCUUGGUGGCAAUUGAAUUGUGUCACAACAACUUUAGUGGUAAAAUCCCACCCUCGAUGGGAGCUUUAACUUCUCUUCAGUCCCUGCACCUAAGCAACAACAAUCUGCACGGGGAAGUCCCCGAAUCGAUGUCGAAUUGUACAGAACUACUCACUCUCGACCUCUCCGCUAAUCGAUUCUCUGGAGAAAUCCCGCUGUGGAUCGGAGAAAGGCUUUCGAAUUUGAUCAUCAUCGGCCUCCGGUGGAACAUGUUCCACGGGGAAAUACCGGACCAAAUCUGUGGCCUACCAUCUCUCCAAAUCCUGGACCUCUCCCACAACAAUUUAUCAGGGGAAAUCCCAACCUGCAUCAAGAAUCUCACGGCAAUGAUCACGAGAAACAAAUCGAACCGCACGAUAUCUUACAAGACAUCGAAGGGAUGCUUUUUCGAUAACAUAGAACUUACAAUGAAAGGGGCGGUGUUCGAUUACAGCACUACACUCAAACUAAUAAAACUGGUGGAUCUUUCAGACAACAAUUUAACAGGACAGAUCCCCGAGGAAAUCACAACUCUCAUUGACCUGCUAUCGUUGAAUCUGUCGAGAAAUGAUCUUGUUGGAAAGAUUCCUGGGAACAUUGGUGCCAUGAACACGCUUGAAUGUGUUGAUUUAUCAGAAAACAGACUUUCAGGGGAAAUCCCAGAGUCCAUGUCUCGGCUAACGUUCUUGAGUUAUCUGAAUUUGUCCUACAACAAUCUCAGUGGGAAGAUCCCAUUGGGUACACAGCUCCAAAGCUUCAGUCCAUCAAGUUUUAUGAGGAAUAAACUGUACGGACCACCACUGACAAAUAAUUCAAAGGCUGUGGUUCCCACUAGUAACAGCGUAGGAGAAGAUGUGGGUAAUGGGAACAAAGUGAACUGGUUUGUUAUAUGCAUGGAAUGCGGGUUUUGGUUUGGGUUUUUGUGUGUGGCUUGCCCUCUUAUACUUACCCAGAAGUGUGAUUCUUGUAUUUUCAGUACCCUAAAGUCUUUACGCAGCAGUUUUCUGACAUUUUUGAACAAAUGUAAUCUACUCUAA